UGAUAACAAUACGGAAGCCAACUGACGUUCAUAAGUUCGGGGCUGCUCUAGGGCUGUAUUUUUGGCGAGAAACCAGGCUAUUGAUGUCUUGGGGGUACACCCCAACUAGUAGAAGGAGCGACAAACUUGUCAACAUGGUCUGCUGCGCCGCUCCAAGCGUGGGUUAUUCACCGAAGGCACAUCAACCUGCCUGCCUGCAAUUUUUUGGGGGAUUCUCAAGCUGAUGAAGCUCAAAUCUAUUGAAACCGCGGUGAAAAUUUUACCUCUCGGAUGCUGAACAACCAUGACAAGGGGUCGUGAUGGUCGCUGCAUUUAUCAAAAGCACGCACGCUCACACCCCGGUGGCACCAUACGCCUUUUCGUACCUUGGUCUCCCGGUGUUAUAUGAGGUGCGGGUGGCGGUGACCUGUAGCCUCUUAUGCGACGUAUUUUACCAGCAUUAGUCGAUAACCCUAGCUUACCAUUCGACAGGUCCCCCCACAUGCUUGUGGUCAUAUUGGCGUUUACGCAACAACAGCGAACGUGCAUCCUGGAACACUUAAAUGUGUACAACGAUUACUGAAGAGCCCUUUGCUCCGCAGGCGUUAGAAGAAGACCGGGGCUUGGCCACUGCUAUAAUUUUACUGUAUUCAUCAGUGGGACCUUCGCAGUUAUCCGCUGAGGUCCUUUGUUUCCUCCGUACCACUGGGGAUUCAUAUCGAUUCGGGGGCCAACAUGUCGAGGCACAUAUGAUAUCGAGAGCAACGAUCACCGAUACUGAUCGGUCCACCACCUUGAAGCGUCGCAACCUAGGCUCCGUGCGUUGGCAGAGAUGAAAUUUUGGUAACCGAUCAGUUUUGCACAAGGUCGCUGAAAUAUUCUUUGGCCUUGAAAUUCCUCUCGGACGGCGUCUUCAAGUUGACGAUAUUAUCCAAAUGGACGUCAUCAGCGGACGGAAAAACUUCUUGCUCCAUUGAUGCUCCUUGGUUCUUGUAUUUUUAUUCCAGCUGACCGCAUAAAAGGACUUGUAGUCACCCAUAUCCUUCUACCGGAACUUCAGCGACCAAGGUAGCCGCUUCGGACCAUCGUUAUGACUCGGAAUUCCGGGUUUCAUUCGAAGCAAGAGCCGCUAUCGCCAAUGGGUCGACUAAUGCAAGAGCGUGAAGCUGUGAGGAUAUAGCGUCUAGCACAGUGCUAUGAAAAUUUAAGAGUCUACGGUUCCAUCAUAGGCGGCACAUAAUUGCAUCGCUAUUGGGAAGUCGGGUAUAGUAGUAAGCGGACUACUUAAUAUGUUAGUGGUACCCCUGGUUGUUGAGAUCACGACACCAUCCCAAAGCUAUGAGGCGCAGUUACUGCGACUCAUCAAGCUCUUGGAGAGUGACAAAGUACUUUGAGCCCCACAGGCAUACUUGCAGAAUAGCAGAGGGAGCUGAAAUUGUACUUUGACGCCGCCACGUAUUCAGCCAGCGCUUUCAGCCACAGCCACCCACCGCUUUUAUACUUGUAGUCAUAUUUCUUUGGCUGAUUCCCACUUUCCCUCUGUGAACGCUUUAACCAAAUCAAAUGUCCUAUUACUCUGGUCCAUCCCCCAAUUACUCUGUGGAUCGCGCUCACUCGCAUUCUAGUUCACAUUCUCAGCACCGACAUCACUCGCAUUCUUCACGACACAAUUCUUCAUUGUCAUAUGGCCCCCCAGCGGGCGCAGACCCCCAGCUAUGGCAAUGGUUCACUACCGUCGACACCGAUCGUUCUGGUUCUUUGAGUGUAAACGAGCUGCAGAGUGCAUUGGUGAAUGGAAAUUGGUCCAAAUUCGACCUAGACACGGUGAAGAUGCUCAUGAACAUCUUUGAUACGGAUCGCAGCGGAACCAUUGGCUUUUCAGAAUUCGCUGGGCUGUGGAAAUACAUCGCUGAUUGGCAGCGUGUUUUCAAGCACUUUGAUAGGGACCAAUCAGGGUCUAUCGAAGGGCGGGAGUUGGCCGAGGCACUACAAAGUUUCGGAUAUAACCUCUCUCCCCCCCUCCUCACAAUGUUGGAGCACAAGUAUGCAUCAGGCAUAGCAUCUUCCUACGGUCCACCCCCUGGGAUCACCUUUGACCGAUUCGUAAGAGCCUGUGUCACGGUGAAGACAUUGACAGAGGCGUUCCAACGCGUUGACACCGACCAAGACGGCUGGGUACAGUUGAGUUACGAAGAAUUCAUGAAGAUCACUCUGUCAGCACCUUGAGACUCGGACGGGAGCAAGGACUCGGAACAACAUCGCACGGCCAUCACAGUCUGACCUUGUAUCAUUGCAUUCUGUGAUUGUAGUACGGUAUACCAAUAUGCAUCAAAGAAUUCUGUGUUUGAUGUAUUAGAUUUCCCAUAUGAAAAUAACAAUAAUGUACCAACAUGUACUACGUAUACAAAGAAAUCCGAGAUGUAGUGAUGUGCAACAUGGUUCUAGAAACCUACAAUACAGAUCAACGUGCGCC